AUGAGUGAGUGCGUUCCUCCCUGCUGUGCACUGCGUUCGGACGCGGUCCAAAUCCUCUCGGGUUUCCAGAGCCCGACACACGGCUGCGCCGAGCGCAGGCGGCGGAGGCCGCGCUUCAGGCCUCCGGUGGGCACGGGCGCUCCGCCGCUCCCACGACCCUGUCAGCGGCCGGCGCCUCACUGUCCCCGGAGGACUGGCGCGGCGACCCCGCGAGCCCGGGCCGACGACCGCUCCCACAACCCCGUCAGGUGCCAACCGGCCCGCGCCCAGCCCGCCGCCAGAUGGGGGCAGGGGCGGCACUCACCGACAGCGCCUCCUCCGCCCGCGGCAGCAGCACAGCCGGCGGCCCCCGGCACCAUCUUCUGCCGCCGCCCUGGCCUCGGCGGCGGCUACCAACCGCCCCAGCGGCGCCGCAGACCAACACGACCGUCGGCGCCCGGCCACCGAGCGCCCGGCGCGGCCCGGAGGGUCGGCGGGAGCGGGGUCGGGCGCAGCCGCUGCUCGGGCCCCUGGGCUCCCCGCGGAGACCCGCGUCCGCGGGCCGAGACGCUGGCACCUGAGGCAGCCCGAGCUGGCAGGGCCGGGUCGCGGCCGCCGCGGGUUUGUUAUUGUCAACUCGGCCCUUCCGCCGCAGAGCACGCCGGGAAACAGCCGGCCGGGGGAGGGGCGCUCCGGGCGUCUGCGCAAACCCGGAAGUCGCUGACCUGCCGGGACGGGCGCGGCUCCGCCCGCAGGCUUAGGGCUCGGCUGGCGUCUCCUCUGUCCUGCCCUGACCCGGGAAGGUAUUGCGGCCCUUCCGUGGACGGCCCCAAGGUGAGCUUGACCUUCUGGCCGCGGCGGGCCGACCCCGCCAGACCUGGAACAGCCCCAGUCGGGGAACCGGAGGCGGAAGAGUUAGCAUCUGCACAGCUCCGGGGCCCUCGUCGGCCGCCCGAGUGCCCGGACUGAGGUCGGUGACAGGGUCAGCCGACGGUCACCUGGGACACUCAUACCUUGGCCACCUGGACUGCAGGCAACUCGGAAAGUAUGCCUGGCAUCUUUGCAAGGGUAGGGCGGCACAUAAUCAGACCAGGUAAGCUGAGAGCACGUCCAGCAGAGGAGAACCGAAGCCAAGUGGACUGGACUGUAAGCGGCACGACCGUACAAUACCGAGGUGUCUCUAAUGAGUCAGUAACAUCAGUAGAGAUGAGAAUGUCAGUUUGGGAGAAAAUUGCCAUUUGUAAAGGAAUUUCUGAUAGAAGUAAAAGUUUAGGACUACCAUCUCUAAGUCAACAAUGAGUGAUUCACGACAAAAUGAGACACAAGGGGUAUAAAACUGAGCCAGAUCUGCAGCCCUUCAUUUUGUGGUAGAGACUGGAAAACAUUGACUGGUGUACUACACAAGAGGAAAUUCACAUCUGGUAUUGUAAACCUGGUCAAAGCCUGUAGCUGAGAAGGUCAUAUACCCUCACAUGGAAACUACAACUAUUUUGCUAAAUGAAGAUGUUGUACCUGACAAAUUGCCUUCUAAAUAAUUGUGUUUAUACCUCAUAGAUUAAUGCUGUUGUCAGCUUUGAGCAGAGAAGCUUCUUUUUGCAGUGGUCAGUAGUAUACUCAUAAGGACCAAAAUGCCAAUAAUAAAUGACUGCUGAUGCUCAGCCAUAAGUGGGACAUCUGUGUUACCCCUUCCAAGGUUAAGGAACAUUUCAGAAUAGAAUAUGGAAAGAGCCAGAGGAUUAGGGGACGGAGGGUGUUGUGAACUGCUAUCAUCUAGGCAUGACAUGGAUGUGGCAUUCUUAAGCUCUCUGCUCCUGUGAUUGCAUGCACAAGACCUGCACAAAACGGGGCCCAUCAACAUCCUGUCAUGAAGGAAUAUUAGGAACUUAUGAGGACCCACCCUUCCUUGUAUAUUUACAGGCAGUUAGUAAUAAUUCAUGAAGGGAGAGAUGUUUUCUUCAGUGGAGUAGCCACUGGUAAGGUGCCUGUACUCUUGUAAAUAACCUUUAACCCAUGCUCCCGUAAGAUCCAGUCCUAUGAAACUCACUGAAUCACCAGUGGGGUGGGCAGAAUAAAAAUAUAAGGUUAUAGAUGGAAAAAGAAGUGAUCAAAGAGAGAAGGCAGUCACAAGAAAACAUGGGGGUGAAAGUAAUCACAAUACAUUGUAAUCACAUUGUAGUCAUGUAUAAAAAUGGUAUGAUGAAACCCAUUAUUAUGUAUAGUUAUUGAAUACUAAUAAAAAUUAGAAUAGAGUUGCUAGAGACAAAAAGUUAUAUAGCUAGUUGUUGUAACUCAUGUCUGUAAUCUCAGCACUGAGGCUGGGACAGGAGGAUUGUGAGUUCUAGACAUAGCAAGAGUCUGUUUCAAUUCUUUUUUAAAUAAAUAAAAAUUGUAAAUACAGAUUCAAAAGAAGCAGUGUUAUCAUUUUCAUAUUUCAUGUAUCUGUUUCAAAAGUAUUAAGGUUUUAAGAAUGUAUUUCUGCAUUGUCCAUGAACAGUGGAAAAUUGAGAAAAAUUCCCUACCAACGAGAUAACUCAGUGGGUAAAAGCACUUGCCACCAAGCCAGGCAACCCAAGUUCAAUUCCUGGGACCCACAGAGUAGAAGGAAAGAACCAACUCAUGCAAGCUGUCCUCUAUCCUCCACAUUUGUUUCAUAGAAUGUGCAUGCACACAAAAAUAAAUAAUGUAAUGGAGGGUCUUGGAGAAGGAUUGAUAGCAGGCCUCUAAAACAAACAGAAAUUUCAUUUAAGUAUCACAACUCUGUGUUCAGUGCUAUUUUGUACAGUAUACAGAAGACUAUUUUGCAUUGUCUACACUGAGAUCUAUGAAACAUUGAAAGAAAUUUAUGAUCUAAGUUUUAUUAAAUUGGAAGAUUUAUUAGA